UGCAGCCAGUGGUCCAAGGCAGAGCUGACCCCCCGUGGGCACGGUCCCUCCAGCCCGGGUGCCCGGCUGCCCGCCAGCUACGCGGGGGACAAGUGGGGCAGUGAGAUGCUGGCACGCAGCUCGCCGCAGGACGCCAAGGAACAACUUAUUCAUCAAAUGGACGAGCUGAACGAUGAGCUGCUAAAGAAGAUCACAAACAAUAAAAUUCAGCCUCUCCAGAGGAAUUUCAAAGUGGAAAAGCCUCAGGAAGUUUUUGUGCCCCUCACCUUUGAAUCCAACACUGAAGAAGUCAAAGCCUGGCUGGAGGCAAAGUCAUUCAGCAAAGAGACAGUGGAACACCUUGGCAUCCUGACUGGAGCUCAGCUCUUCUCCCUCAACAGAGAGGAGCUGAAGAAAGUGUGUGGUGAUGAGGGCAACAGAGUAUACAGUAAAAUCACAGUGGAGAAGAACCAACUGGAGAAAAGCAGAGGAGAGUCAGAGCUCCAGGAAAUCAUGAAGCGUCGCCAGGAAAGGAUUGAUGCUGCUAAUUAAAACCUCCCUGCUUUAUUUCAGCAAUUAGUCCUAGUAGUGCAGAAAAA